CAGAAAAGUGUAAAUAUAUUAAGGCUUCUCAGUAUCCGAUCUAGGCGUUAUUUGUUAUUGCCUACUGGAACACAUACUGCGCUGUAGACGUUAUCGCUAGCUCAAAUAUUUAAGUACGAAGAUAUUUUGGACGUUUAUAUAUCAAGCUAAAAGAUACCACCUGCUAGGAUUUUAAGAUGUACCUUCAAGACCUAAAAGAUCGCCACUAGUUUGCUCUAUCAUUUAGUACCGGAGAAGAGUUAGAAGGAAUUCUAUCAGUUGCUGAGGCAGAGCGAAUCGAUAGAUAUGGCCAGAAAAAGAAAGCAGGUUGUGCGCUCGGUGUUGCUAUCGAUUGUCCUAGCCCUGCUGCUCGACAGUACUUGCGCUAAACGUUACGAAGAGCUCGGAAAACGACACCAGGGUGAUAUAGUGCUGACUGACAUACAAUCCGAUGCAGCUGCCGGCGGUGGAGCGCAGAUUGUGCAGGAUUCCUUCCGUUGGAUUAGAGGAAUCGUUCCGUUCGAGAUUUCCACGGCAUUUACUCAAGCCCAGAAGGACCAGAUCAUCUACGCGAUGAGUAGAAUCUCCAAUUACAGCUGUGUGAGAUUUGUUUCUCGCAGCCAGUUGGAUAGACAGUUUCUGAACAUUACCGCUAGUCCCACCGGAUGUUGGGCAUCACUUGGGAUGAACUUGAGAUCGAAUGAGCUUAAUCUGCAACCGGAAGGAUGUUUGGAGACGGGCGUCAUCAUGCAUCAACUGCUGCAUGUACUCGGUUUAACCCAUCCCCAAUCCCGCCCGGAUCGUGACUAUUACGUUCUGGUGCAGGAGGAUGCAAUCGAAUCGACGUUAAAGACAAAUUUGGCCAAAUAUCAACAAGGUGUAAUUGAGGAUUUUGGCAUACCGUAUGAUUAUGAGAGCAUUCUCCAUUGCCAGUCCGAUGCGUUCGGUUCUGCAACAUCAACGCGAGCUACCGUUGUGCCACUGGUUAAUGUCGAUAUUGGCCAGCGAAUCGAGUUAAGCCUGAAGGAUAUACGCAAGCUAAACAAGAUGUACGACUACGAAUAUUGUGGAUUCUGCUAUCGUGGAAAUUGUAACGAGAAUUAAACAAGCUUAAAUCCACCAGUUUCUAGUUGAACAUGGAAUGGGGUAUAUUAAAGUGUUGAUAUUUUAUUUGUUUCUCCUUUAUUGCAAAAUAUAACGGUAUUGUAAAUAGCCACAA